AUGUCUUCCCUGCUUGCCAAGCAGCACGAAGGCAGCACCGGCUCUGACCCACCGCCCGGGUGGACACCGGUCGCCCUGGUGCGGGCAGGCAUGUUUGCAGGACGAUGGAUGAGUUUCUGGCUCGAGGUUGCGCAAGAACCAGUCCACGGCCGUCGUAAGACGGAGAAGGACCGACGACCACUGGCUCCCAGCCCAAUCGUUCGCCUUUGGGUGCGCGAGUAUGCCGCCGGCGGCAACGGACCAGGCAUGCCAGUGGACCCAACCGACAUUGAAGUGUCCCAUCUCGUCUGUGUCGCCGACCUCCGUCCUCCCAGUGCCGAUGUGCAAACACCCCGCUCUGACCGUUCACGGCCACUGAGAGAUUCGCCGCCGUCACCGAGCGCCAGACGUCGAACGCCGUCGCCCUCCCGACGAUCAAACGAGGCGAGCAGUAGCGCGAGAUCCCCGGAAUCUGAUUCUGUCCGCCUCCACAGCCGCAGCAGCAAGGACGACGGCUAUGAUCCCCGUGGAGCGGACCGCAAGGUCCCGACUCCCAGAAGCGAAACGCACACUGAUGAGGGCGACUCCAGUGGAGAGGAAACCGCGACACCCACUGCGCCGUCGGCCUCGCGCCCCACUUCCCGUGGUAGCGAUAAGAGCAAGGCGGGAGGCAGGGCACGGCGGCAGAUAAGUGGCCGCAACUUGUACGGCAACCUGCACGUCGCAGGUGUUCGUGUGGCGGCUCUAGAGGGCGGCUUGGGCCUGUGGUUCCUUUUCACCGACUUGUGUAUACGCAACGAAGGAAGUUAUUCUCUUCGAUUCCGCUGCUUUGACAUGAGGGCCAUUGCGCCUGACAGCGGCCCCAUGCCCGCGCUGGUCCACGGGCAAUCUGCCGACUUCAAGGUCUACUCUCCGCGCAACUUUCCGGGACUGCCCAAGCCAACUGAGCUGGCCGACCACUUUGCCCGCCAGGGGUACAAGCUUAACACUCGAAAGAAUGAGCGCCAAGCCGCAUCUCCUGGACAGAGCCCCCCACCUUCCGCGACGACAUCCACAGCUGGCAAAGACGCCGCGCGGCAGUCGCAUCCCGACAAUCACUACCGCUAA